UCAACGCCAGCUGAUCAACUCCGCCAUAAAGCGAAACUCCAAGGUCCUGCACCCUCCCACACCAGAUCAUUACCCCCAGCCCUACCUCUCGGAUCCUAAAUCAACACAAAUCAUCCUCCCCAAAGCCCCCAAAAUUUCAGGAUUUCGAUCGCAAUUUCGUGUACCCAUUUGAGAUUUUGAAUCCAUCGGUCGAUCGGUUGAGCGCGAGAGGGAACAUGAAGAUCACAGCUUUAUUGGUGCUGAAGAUCAACCCGGACGGAUCCGACCCGAUCAUCCUCGCCAAUGCCUCCGAUGUCAGCCAUUUCGGCUACUUCCAGCGCUCCAGCGUCAAGGAAUUCAUCGUCUUCGUGGGCCGAACCGUCGCCAAACGCACCCCGCCUGGUCAGCGACAGUCCGUUCAACAUGAAGAGUACAAAGUGCACUCGUACAAUAGAAAUGGACUCUGCGCAUUGGGUUUCAUGGACGAUCAUUAUCCAGUCCGAAGUGCAUUUUCUCUACUAAACCAGGUGCUGGAUGAGUAUCAGAAAAAUUUUGGUGAUUCUUGGCGACGUGUGAGUGCUGAUGGGGCUCAACCGUGGCCCUAUCUAAAUGAAGCUCUUACCAAGUUUCAGGAUCCUGCAGAGGCUGAUAAGUUGCUGAAAAUUCAGAGGGAGUUGGAUGAAACAAAAAUUAUACUUCACAAAACUAUUGAUAGUGUGCUUGCCCGUGGUGAGAAGCUGGAUAGUCUUGUUGAAAAGAGUUCAGACCUCAGUGCAGCAUCACAGAUGUUUUACAAGCAGGCGAAGAAAACCAACCAAUGUUGUACCCUCCUGUAAGGUUUAUGAGGCGUUGUGACGACGAGAACACCUUGUUCAUGAUGGAUGAAAGAGUAGGGAUUCUUAGAAUGUCCAUAUAUCAUUUACCAAUUGUUUGCAUGGUUGAAAUUGUGUGUGGAUUUUCACUCGCUAAGAUUCUGUCGCACUCUCGAGUAAUGUGAGCAGCAAAUGUUAUUGAACAUAUAGUCUCAUAAUCUAAGUUUGUUCCAGAGUUGA